UUUGAAAGUCAGCCUCGCAGGCAUUGCAGCAGAGCCCCGAGCCGCGGAGAGCAGCGCAGCGGAGCUCGGCUCGCCCUAUCAAGCAUGAAAUUUUUGAGGAAGACAAUUACUGCGUCCUUGGAUUCCUGAAGGAAGAGCUUUCCUAAUGGAACCACAUUCAAGGGAGGAGUGAAAACCAGAUUCACAAAGAUCCUGCAUUGACAUUUGAAAGGAAUUUUAUGUGCUUGGUGGAGAUGGAAAAGGAAGAAAAGCAAGCUGGCCUCCAGAAGCAAGAAGGCAGCAAAUAUUUGAUGGAACUGUUUUUCUGUGAAACCAUGUUUUGAGUGUUCUCCUAGACAUCGUCCAUAAAUAUCCUAGAUCUCAGCUGAGGAUUGCUAUGAUUGGAAACCUGGCUCAUCAAACAGUGUACACUGGGAGAAGCCUGCCUAGUAUAAUACAUUUUCUGUUGUUUCUGAAGGUCUCUAAGAAAACACUGUAGACAUCUACCUGUUAUUAACCCUGCAUCGUGAUUGAGCAAAACUAGCCUUUGAAGUGAACAGAAACAGAGCCUUUUUGAAACUUUUAUUGAACAUGACUCAUGGAGAAGAGCUUGGCUCUGAGAUGCACCAGGAUUCUGUUGUUCUAACUUACCUAGAGGGAUUACUAAUGCAUCAAGCAGCAGGAGGCUCAGGUACUGCAGUUGACAAAAAGUCCACUGGGCAUAGUGGGGAGGAUCAAAACUUUAAGAUUUCAGGAAAUAUAUUUCCCAGCUGUCAGAGUAAUGGUCCAGUUCUCAACACGAGUACGUAUCGGGGAUCCGGCAUGCUGCACCUCAAAAAAGCAAGACUGUUGCAGUCUUCAGAAGACUGGAAUGCAGCAAAGAGAAGGCGGCUGUCUGAUUCCAUCGUGGAUUUAGAUGGAAAAAAGGAAGCUUUGUUGGCUGGCAUGGUUGAAAAUGUGCCUAAAGGCAAACAGGAUAGCACAUUACUUGCCUCUUUGCUUCAGUCAUUCAGCUCUAGGCUGCAGAGUGUUGCUCUGUCACAGCAGAUUAGACAGAGUCUUAAGGAGCAGGGCUAUUCUCUUAGCCAUGAUUCUUUGCAAGUGGAGAAAGAUUUAAGGUGCUAUGGUGUUGCAUCCAGCCACCUGAAGACUCUGCUGAAGAAGAGCAAAGCAAAAGAUCAGAAGCUGGACAACAGCCUGCCUGACAUCACCAAGAACCUGCCCAAAGAGAGGUUUAUAGAAUCUCCUCAUGCGGUGCAGGGCAGCCCCAAGGUGGUGAACGAGCCCCUGUCGUGUGCUGCGAGGUUACAAGCUGUUGCAAGCAUGGUGGAGAAACGAUCCAGCCCUGCUGCCUCGCCCAAGCCCAGCGUGGCGUGCAGCCAGCUGGCCCUGCUGCUCUCCAGCGAGGCCCACUUGCAGCAGUACUCCAGGGAACACGCUCUAAAAGCACAAAAUGCCAACCAGAUUGCAAGCGAGAGGCUUGCAGCCAUGGCCAGGCUGCAGGAGAGCGCUCAGAAGGACAUGGGCCAAUUUGGUUUGGCCAAAGGAAUGACAAGCCAUCUCAAUGGUCAGGCAGGAUCGUCCCCCAAAGCAGUCCCUAGCAAAGGCAGCGUGGCACCGUUUCAGAGUUCGGUGGGAAUCAUGCACUCGCCUCCCAAAACUGUGGGAUACAAAAGUACUGUGGAAAGGAGUAACCUGAAAACCUCUCCCAGCAACAGCUUGCUCUUACAUCUGCUGAAAAGCCAGAACACCACCAAGCACGUGAAAGGGCGUGAGCAGAGUGAGAGAGCCAGCAUUUUUGAAGACAGCAGCACACCGACAACUGUUGAUGAGUAUUCAGACAACAAUCCCAGUUUUACAGAAGACAGCAGUGAUGACGAAAGCUCCCAUUCUAACUGUCUUCCUAUAGACCUAUCCUUUAAACAGAGGACAGAUAAGCCAGAUGCAGGUCCACCUGCAUCGCUGGAUAACCUCACUCAGUCCUUGCUUCGUAACUGGGAUCCAAAAAUUUCCUGUCCAGAGAGCAAGGAGGAGAAAGACACUCCGAAAGCUUCUAAGCUGAAUCCCCACCAGAAAGUAACACUACUGCAGCUGUUACUUGGGCAUAAGAGUGAAGAACAGGUAGACAAGAGUAACGAUCCUCAGGGACCACACAGUACAGCUGAUGUGGCAAAAUUCACUGUACAGACUGGGAAAAGGACUCCUGUUGCUGACAGUCCCAGUGCCAACCGCAUGACUCCGUUAAGCACUCCGCCCUUGCUGGCUUCCACAAAAGCAGACUCUCCUAUAAACCUCUCUCACCAGUCAAUGGCUGUCAAGCGCAGCUCGCCGCCCUAUGCCUGCAGCAUCCAGACAGACAGACUGAUGAAUUCUGCAUCUAAGCACUUGAUAGACCUGUCCAAAAGCAAGGAAAUUCAAGGAGCUAAGCUGAGCAGGACUGAUAGUCCCCAGAACUCGUCGGCGUUCAGCGCCAGCAAGCUGCUGCAGAACCUGGCUCAGUGCGGCAUGCAGAGUUCCAUGUCGAGUGAGGAACAAAGAGCUAGCAAACAGCUGCUGGCAGGGAACAUGGACAAACCUGUGGGCUUGAUUGAUAGAUUGAACAGCCCUCUGCUUACGAAUAAAUUGAGUAUGCAUGAAGAAAAUAACAAAAUAUUCAGUUGUCAGCCCGCACCCGCUGAACAAGGACUUCCAGGUUCGGAAAUAGAAAAUCUCCUUGAAAGGCGCACUGUCCUUCAGCUGCUUCUGGGAACUCCCAAUAAAGGUAAAAGUGAAAAGAAAGAGAGGGUGCUUUUAAGAGAUGAAAGUUCUCAAGAACAGACAGACAAGGCUUUGAAUGAGCAAAUAUUGACGGUGAAAAUAAAAACGGAACCAUCUGACGAAUCAAAUGUUCCUUAUAAUUCAAAUGCACAACAAGUAAGAGAAUGCAAGGUUAACAAAUUCCAAGGGUUUGCUCAUUCACUGCAGAGAAACACAGCUGCUUCUCCAGCAUCCGAGGAGGUGAAAUCUGAGCCUCUUUCACCUCAAGAUUUCUCUUUUUCCAAAAAUGGUCUGCUAAGUAGGUUGCUGAGACAGAAUCAAGACAGUUACCCUGCAGAUGAGCCUGACAGGAGUCACCGAAACAACGAGCUGACACACCUCGAAUCCAAGAGUCUUUGCACAGUACCGAAGAAGAGGAAGCUUCAUGCUGAGCCUUUGGAAAGCCCAUUAAAAAAGAUGAAAAGUAAUGUGUCUGAUGCUGGAAACAAUCACGCUUCUCCUACCGAGGCGCUGUACGGGCCUUUGCUGAACCAGCAAGAACUGAAAUUCAGCAGAAGUGAUGCUGAAUUUAAAUACGGUGUAAGUCAUGGUUCAAAUAGUGAAACUGAAAAUAGGAGUUGGUCUAGAGAUAGUAAAGGCUUUAAUGUGUUGAAACAGCUGCUUCUCUCAGAAAACUGUGAGAGAGAUCUGUCACAACAUAGGAAUAACAUACUAACAGAGGGCAAGAAAAAAGGAAGCAAAACCAGUGCAACAGUCAAUAAACCUGAAUUCACCAUUUCUUCAGUAAGAUCGUUGGUGGGAAGCCCCGUGCAGCAGAACAAUUGUGUAGAUCACAGAACAUUUCAGUACCCCGUAGCAGUCAAAAGUCCGGCCAGCUCCCCCUUCCCCGAACACCUGGGGAGCACGGUGUCCAGGCUGGAGCCCGACCAGCUGAGCAUGUGCUCCGUGCCCAGUGAGAAGGGCCCCAUCAGAUGGGUGAUCACGGGCAUGGACAAGAAUGAUUACGAGAAAGACUCCCCGAGACUGACCAAAACCAACCCGAUAUUGUACUACAUGUUACAGAAAGGUGGCAGCUCUGUCAGCAGCCAAGAAGCACACGACAAAGAAAUUUGGAAUGAGCCUUCAUUUACCGAGAGCUCGACUCGCGUUACAAUCAAAGAGGAGUUGACAUCUGAGCCGGAGCUCAAAACUCCUUUUAGUAACUUGAGAAGCCCUUACAACAGCCAUAUGGGGAGUAACACCUCUCAUCAGCACGGUGGUGUGAAUGGAGAAGUGCAUGGACUUCUGGAAAAAGUGCGAACAAUCAAAAAAGAGCCAGAAUAAACUGCAGCCUCCUCAGUGAGUUUACAAUCAGCGGUUUUGAAUCUUUGUUAAAAAAAAAAAAAAAGAAAAAUGAGUAUGAACUUCACUACUGUAUAAAUUGAGCAUGAUUUUAAAAAACAAAAGCAUGGUCUAAUUGAAAUGUUUUCAUUUGAUAAACUUUUUAUUUUUCUGGUGAUGUUAUUUAAAAUACAUGUAGAUAAAAUUUGCUUUACAGUAGAUUGUCACAAGGAAACUAGAAGGGUUGUAAUUUGUACAAGACGUUUCUGUAUGUAUCAGAUUAAGUUAUGAGUACUCUUUGAUCAGAGUCUUAUUUGGAUCUGCAAGCUUUUGGUAUAACAUAAAGUGUAAGCGUACAGCCUAGGUGGUGGUAAUGCUGCGUUUCCUCCCUCCCUGUAAAAUAAUCCUUAUUUUUUUGAAGCCUGAGCAUAGAGACAGUGUACUUUUUUCUUUUUUUUUUUUUUUUGAAUGUUUUAAUAUGUUUUGUGAAAUUUUAAGAAUAACUUUUAAGAAGUGGAGCAGUCCGUCCAAGGUAUUAGCUCGUCAUAUUGGAAAGCCUGCGUCAGUGUUAAUAAUUGAAGUGCACUGAAAUGUAUUUUUUAGUGCUUCCAAAAUUUGUAUUGUUAUUUUUAAAUCUUGUUUGUGGUCCUGCCAGAAUAGUGGUGUAAAAUCUAUUUUUCUUCCUUGCCCUGCUCUCAACAAAUGCCUUCCUCAGAAUUCUUAGCCAUAGUUAUGAGUUACUAGUUAGAAUUAAAGGUUUUUUCUAGGUUUUUAUAAAAAAAGGCAGAUUUUCAUGGGCUGUGCAAGUACUGCACGAGUCCUUUUGUCGGCACAUUCCUGUCACUUUCCUGCCUAAAAGGGGAAAGCUAAAAUGCCUCUUGGAGUAGUGUGAUUGAGAAGGCUUAGUACAUGUAUUCAGUGAGGAAAAUGCUGGAAAGCUUGUGAAGGGGAUGAACAGAAUUGUGUGUUCAGCACCAUCCUGCUUCCCUGUGGAAGAACACCAACUGCACUAGAGCAGCACAUCAGACUUCCACUCUAAGAUGGAAUAGGAUUUUAAUGAAAAAUGUGUUGGCCUCUUCCUACAACCAGGGAAAAGAAUCUAUAAUCUGCCAAUAUUUAUUACUCUCUGAGCAGCUGAUACAUGGUUUAAUGCACUACCCUUUCACUGCAGAAAAUCUGGCUUUAGAAUAAUUUCCCAGGUAGCACUGAGGAUAAAACUGUGGUUUUGUCAUGUUCUGUAAUGGAUAGUGGGAUAUAUCUGAGAAAUCCUUCCCUGCCCUUUUCCUCAAUCCCCACCUGUGCUGUGAUUUGUAACAUCUGGCAGUAUCAGCCCGAGAUGGGAGGAACUGAAAAUUGCAGUCAGAGCUGAGACAUCUUAGAAGAAUUGCUGGCUGGGGAAGAGUCGUGUGGCUCUGCUUUCCCGUUAGCACUGUCAGUGUUAACUCCAUUUGCAGCCCUUAUUUCUCUGGGGGCAGGAAGAGGACAAAAUCCAGCUCCUUUGAAUUAUGUGAAUUAUUGGCAAGAAGAAGUUUUGCUGAACUUUUUACUCCUCUAAAAAAAA